AUGAGCGACAUCAAUCGGCCUGCCAGACCCUACGUGUCGAUCCAGCACCAACCAUGGAAGGCCAUCUACAUGACCAAGACUCUCAUAUCUGUCCUCUUCUUUCAGUUGCCCUUCUACGCAAUCACCCAGCUGCUCUUUCGUUCUGCCCGUCCCCAUCCCGACUUCACCUUUGCCCAAGCAAUGGUAGUGCGCAUCGUGCGUUUCAUGGGUCUCUUGAGGCGCGCAGACUGGUACUCCGAUAGAUGGACCGUGGAGAAGCUGUCGAAGUACACGAACGCAAAGUCAGAACCUCUCGGUGGGCUCUUGGCCAAGGCGGUGUGGGUGCCAAAGCUGGAUGGCGCGCUACAAGGUGAAGCGGGUGAGCUGGAAAAGAGAGCGGGAACGCGCAGCGUGCGCACCCACGGCUGGUGGUUUGCCAUCCCGUCCAGCCUGGACUCGCACGGCAAUGCGGCGCAAUGGCGGGAGCUGUUUGACGAGAAGGAUGCAGAGAAGGCUGCAGUGGCCAGCAUAAAGGCUGCCAAAGGCGAGCAGGUGCUGCUCUACUUUCACGGGUCAGUCAAUUACGCUAUGACAGACCUGGCCCCUUCGCCGCUCCCUCCGCUCAGACCAGACGCUGACUCUCUUUGCGCCUGUACGCCGAUUCUGCGCAGAGGAGGCUACUUGGAGCGAUCUGCUGGGCCCAAAUCCCAAACUACAGCCGUACCUCGUCAGCUGAUCAAAAAGAUCGAGGAGCACCUUGCUCAAGGCUACGAAGGCGAUGCAAAGCUUUUGCCGCGCAAAGCGUUCUCGCUCGAGUACCGGCUCAGCGACAAGACAUCAUUCUCGGGCAUCCUUGCCGACGCCGUGUCCAGCUGGCGUUAUCUCGUAGAGGACUGCGAGUAUGAGCCGGAGAACAUCUAUGUUGGAGGCGACAGUGCUGGAGGUGAGAGAUUUGAAUAG